AUGCCCCCUCGACGGCGCAAACCUCCCCGCGCAGGCGCCCUGACCGAACUGCCGCCGCUGAAGAUCAUCCGCUCCAUCCUCCUCCUGCAACUCUCAUACUACGCGACGGCAUUUGUGCUGAUACUGUUCACGACUUUGGUUCUGGGCCAGCGAUUUUCUUUGAACUUGAUAUUUGAUUGGAAUAGCGUGCGCGGGGACACGACCGUCGGCUGGACCGUGGGCUUCUUAUGGGUUGUUGACGGCUUUAUAACAGUAAUACCAAUCCUUCUCCUGAUUUCCCGCUCGAAACUUGUCCCCGACUUCGCCCUGACGAUCCACUUCAUCCACCUCCUCAUAACCUCCUUCUACACGGGCGGCGUUCCCACGAAUUUAUUAUGGUGGAGUCUAGAGGCCUCCAGCGCGAUAUUGAUGAUUACUUUGGGGGUCUGGGCUUGUCGGUAUCGGGAAAUGCAGCCUAUAUCUUUCGGCACUCCGGCGCCCAAGAAAGCGACUGGUCAAAAUGCUGCCAACGGCUCCGCAGAGGUAACCGUCGUUGAUGACCAUGUACGAGGCAGUCCGGGAAGGGGCAUGAGGAAUGACGCUGGUCCAAGCUAUGAGAUGGUUAAUGUGAGAGGAGACCAAAAUGUAUAA